UGUAGUAAGCUUUAAGCCGUAAGAAAUUGACCAAUCACAGUCAAAGCGUAAAAGAAUAAUCGACUGUGAUUAGUCAAUUUUUUACGGCUUAAAGUUUACUACACCUAUUGUAGAUCGGGGCUAACACAAUGCACUGAUAGCACGCUCCUCAACAGCUAUCGUUGCGUCAGACAGGUGUUUUUUAAAAUUAUUUUCGUUAAAAAGAGUUUACGCUACAUAUACAUAUAAACGGAAAGUGACGUCAAAGAAACUAUAAAUUACGUGUGAUGUUAAUAUUAGUAAAUUAGAUAAAAGCCUCUCGGUCUAGUUUGCUUUGUUGUAUGUGUAUACAUAGAUACAAGUUUCUCUCUGUUUGGUUAUGUGUAACAUUGACAAUGAGUCAAGUACUUCCUAACAAUGAUAUUCAAGAUACUGGAGGAGAAAGUGAUGAUAUUUCAUCUGAAAGUUCAAGAGAUCAAUCUCUUUCAUGUAAACCACAGAAGAUGCAGAAUCUUUCCAUCAAACAAACAAGUCUUGCUUGGAAACAUUACACAAAAUAUAAUAAUACAUCAGCAAAAUGCUGCUUUUGUGAUAAAAUUAUAAAACAUAGUGGAAACACAACAAAUUUAAUGCAACAUCUUUCAAGAAAGCAUGAAAUAUUAGUAUCACAAGCAAAGAAAAGAAAAUGUGAUUUUGAGCUUUUUAAAGAAAGUUCUAAAUCGAUUGAUGAAACUCUUCAGGUUUUUAAAAGAAAAACCUCAGGGCAACGAAUCACGAAUUGAUUAUGCUUUCAGCAAAAUAAAAUCCUUCGAAGAGGGCGGACAGACUGCUGAUAGAAUAACAUUGUCAAUUAUGUACAUGAUUGCUGUCGAUAGCGUUCCACUCUCUACUGUUGAGGCGAAGGGAUUCAAGACGCUCAUGAAAACUACAGUUCCCUUGUAUAAUAUUCCAAGUAGAAAGACUAUUACGAACAUAAUGGAAUCAAGGUAUCAAAUAAUGAAAGAACAAUUUAAGAAGAAAAUUAAAGAAGCUCCAUCGUAUACUUUGACAUGUGACAAUUGGUCUGAUGUUAGCAAUCAGAGUUAUCUUGGUGUCACAAUUCAUUAUUUAGAAGCUGAUUGCGAAAUGAAAAAUGGUUGUUUGGGAGUUUUACCAUUAGAUAAGAAUCAUACCAGUGAUUACUUACAUGACUCUUUAUUAAAAGUGAUGGAGGAUUUUCACGUGGAUUCAAACAAAAUUAUGGCUAUUAUUAGCGAUAGUGCAGCGAAUAUUAGAAGCGCAGUUACUAAAUUAGUUGGAAGUAAUAAACAAUUAGCUUGUUUUGCGCACAUUCUAUCCCAUUUAGUGCCGAAAGCUUUACAGUCCAUCCAAUCUGCUAUGGAAAUUAUAAGUAAAGUAAAAAAGAUAGUGAGCCUUACCAGACACAGUAUUGUCGCAUCAGAUGAAUUAAAAAGAUUACAAAAUCGUGAUGGGAAAACCGAUGGAACGAUAUUGAAGUUUAUCCAAGAUGUUGAAACGCGAUGGAACACAACUUACUACAUGUUAGAGCGUUUUUUAACAUUAGAGGAUUAUGUUUAUCCAGUAAUGUUAAAAUGUACCAAUAUGCCAGAUAUGCUCUCAAGGACUGAAAUUUCAGUUUUAAAGAAUUUGGUAGCACUGAUGAGGCCUGUUGCAAGUGUAAUUACCGAGAUAAGCGGAGAAAAUUAUCCCACUUGUAGUGUCAUAAUUCCAAUUAUCCACUGCAUGACAGCAGCUAUUACUGAUUGCGUAAUUACCACAGAAAUUGGCAUCGAGUUUCAAGAGAAAUUGCUCAAUCAGAUCAAUAAAAAAUUUCAAUAUCUGGAAUCGACUCGAAUUCUAGCAAUCUCGACAAUUUUAGAUCCUCGCUUCAAAAGGCUGCAUUUCAAAAGCGCUUUAGCAGCUUCUCAAGCAAUUCAAGACAUAGACAGUCAGCUGAAAAAGAUCUCAAAUCAUUCACAUAAAAAUAUAGAAAAAGAAAACAAUCAAGAUGCUAAUGAUGAAAAAAGUUCUUCAAAUUUGUGGCAUUUUCACGAUAAUCUUGUGAUGAAAAAUAGAGAGAUGACUGAUACAGAUGAAAGUUUGAGUCUGGAAUUAAAACAAUAUUUGCAUCAACCGGUAAUCAAACGUUCAGAAAAUGCUUUCAACUACUGGAAAUCACUAAAGCAUGCAUUUCCAACACUGUCUAAAUUGGCAUUGCAAUAUCUAAGUAUUAUUUCAACUUCAGUCCCAUGCGAACGUUUAUUUUCACACGCUGGAAAUGUGAAAACUGAUAAUCGCAGUCGUCUUACUGUGACAGCAACAUCUACAAAGUGUACCGCAUUUCGAAAAUCUGACUAAUGGGAAGUUUUUUUAAUAAAGAAAGAGAGAGAGAAAAAGGGAGAGAAAGAGAAAUAAAAUAAAUUAUAUUUAUUAA